AUGCAGAGUCGUGCCACAGCGCCAUACACCGCACAUCAAGAAUCUUUUACCUACCAUCAUCGACUCUCACAAAUACGAGGGCGGUGUACUCUCUGCGCUCUAAAAAAGUCCGGCUUCGUCUUAUGCAAACCAGGCCCCAGGGCCACAUCUCUGAUCUGUCAACCUGGAACGCAUACACUGGCCCAGCAAAAUUGCCAUAACCGAGGCUGUUAUCAUAAGGGAGACAAAUGGGUUGAAUUGGGUGGCUGUAUACUUGAAGGCACCACCAGUGGCGAAACCACUCAAAGGUGCGCAAGGUAUCAUUGGUUAGACGAAGGAGGAUACGGUUGUUAUAACCAUGGAGGUCGACAUUAUGUGUGCAAAGGGACUCCAGACAAAAUCCCGUACAUAACAUGUACACAAUGUUUUACCGAUACUUAG